UUUCCACUCAUUCUUCCUUAGUGUUCCUUGCCCCCGCCACCGUUGAAUGUCGCGUAACCUACGGAACGUCGGUUUCAUAGGGUUUCAAGAACAACUAGAAGAAGACCUCACUAAGCUCCUCACUGAGGUCGUCCGGUCCAACCCAGGAAUGAAACACAAAGACGCUUUUAAGAAAGUUACCCAAGCUAUGCUAGAGAACAACCCCUUCGUUCCACCGAAAGGAUGUCCGAUUAAUGAUCUACCAAAUGAAUUGCUUGGGUACAUAUUCCAGGUUGGAUUGAGUAUGGCGGACGACGAAGACGAAUGGGAUGAAGAGGAUGAAUACGAUGACGAUGACGAUGACUCGGAAUUGGAGUCAGAAUCGGAAGACGAUGAGCCGCCGAGGAAACAGAAAGGAAAAGGGCAGACUACAAAAAAAGAACCCGGAGAGUGUGAAGAGGGUGAAGCCGAAAAAGAAAGAAAAGAGAAAGCCAUACGAAAAAUGCCUUUCCAGAUGUUGGUAUCGCAUGUUUGCAAACAUUGGCGUGAAGUGGCUCUCGAAACACCGACGCUGUGGACAUCAAUGAGCUUCUGCUACGGUUCGUCGAUCGACAGUGCAAAAACAUGGGUGGAGCGCUCCAAGAAUCAACCUUUGGAAAUCGAUAUCGACUGCUCCUUACCAGAAGAUGAACCCAUUCUUAGGCACGAAGACGGCUUUUCAGACGACGAACUCGUUGAAGAUUAUGAACAUGAAGAUGAAGGCGGAGACCACCCGAAUACAGCUCAAACGCAAACUUCCGAAGAUCUACCAAUUCCUUCAAAGAGCCAGAUUGCCGAGUUUCUCAACGUGGUCAUGCCUCACGUCAACAGGUGGCAAAGUUUCCGUUUGACUGCAAGCCAUUACGAUCGUAUAUUCCUGGUCCUUGAACGGCUCUCCCAAUGCCAGUCGGCGCCUGCGCUGGAAUUACUCGAGUUGUCCAACCACGAUGAUCAGGAAGACUAUGAAACAUUCCCUCAGCCAGAAUACAAGCAGGGCUUCCUGCUUUUCAACGGCAAUGCUCCAAACCUCAAAUUUGUUAGGUUUUGGGGCGUUCAUCUCGAUUGGGACGCGUCUUUAUCUUUCAUGAAAGGACUUCGCGAGAUUGAACUCGCUUACCAUACAAACGACGUUCGCCCUUCCUUCGGGACAUUUGCCAAUAUGGUCACUGCAUCGCCAGACCUCGAAACGCUAUCGUUAGCGACAUCUGGUCCGAUGAGGUCUUCGCCCGAGUCACCAUGGCCCGAAACACAAAGGACCAUCGAGAUCCCAUCUCUGAAGGAGUUGGUGUUAGCCCAACACGAGCAGGAGUACAUCAUGAAUCUCCUAUCCCUCCUCUCGACUCCCAACGUGGUCAGUCUAAACCUCGACUUUGACUCGCAAGACUUUACCGAAUUGGCCAUGCUGCUGGCAAAACCUCUCCAUGAUCGGAGAGCAGGAUCAUUACUCUCUGGCCUACAGCAGUUGAAGAUCAGUGGGAUGCCCUGUAACACGAAAGCCAGGGAGGCGAUGUUGGAGCAACUCGUGAAUUUGAAGAUUAUCAACUUGAAUUGCUGUGAUGAAGAGGAAGUCGAAUUCUUUGACUUGAUCAAAAAGAUGAAGCCAAGUCCGGAUGGAAAUUAUGAAACUCCUGGACCCUCGGUCUUGUAUUGUCCGAAUCUCAUUUCGAUAUAUACGACUGGAAUCGAUGGAAAGCAGAUGAAGGCAUUUAUUGAAGCUCGUAGGCAAGGUGGUGUCCCAGUUAAGAGGGUCGGAAUGAGCGAGGAUGACGAUGUGGAAGAAAGAGAGGAAAAGUGGUUGAAAGAGCAUGUGGAGGAAGUCGAAUUUUUCGAACCAGAUUCAGAUUUCGAGGAAGCGUUUGUCGAAAUUGAAGAUGAAUUUUCUGACAUAGACAGUUCGGAUGACGAUCCGAUGGAGACUGACGCCGAUUAG